CAAGAUCUAUAAAUUGAAAGGGGUCGCGGCUUUUCGGUUCACCCAAUCUUCUAUUGUUCGUUUGCGCUCGCAACAAUGUCGUCCAAGAAGAUCAUCUUGAAGAGCAGCGACGGUGAGUCCUUCGAGGUGGACGAGGCGGUGGCGCUUGAGUCUCAGACUAUCAAACAUAUGAUCGAGGACGAUUGCGCCGAUAACGGUAUCCCGCUGCCGAAUGUGACGAGCAAGAUCCUGGCUAAGGUGAUCGAGUACUGCAAAAGGCACGUGGAGACUCCCAAGUCUGAUGAUCGCAACAACAGUGUAGAUGACGAUCUCAAGACCUGGGAUGCUGAAUUCGUGAAAGUCGAUCAGGCCACACUCUUCGAUCUCAUUCUGGCUGCCAACUAUUUGAACAUUAAGGGCCUGCUGGACUUGACAUGCCAGACUGUUGCAGACAUGAUCAAGGGAAAGACUCCUGAGGAGAUCCGGAAGACAUUCAACAUCAAGAAUGACUUCACCCCUGAGGAAGAGGAAGAGGUUCGUAGGGAGAACCAGUGGGCGUUUGAAUGAAAGUACAUGCUGGUUGGUAUAGAGUAGCAAAUGUGUAAUAUUUUGAUGGAAUGUGUGGCUUAAUAGUAAAAGUGAACUUUUUUGGACUAAGUCUUCUUUGGUUUCAAUUACUGCUUUGAACUUGUGGGCGCAUUUAAAUGUAAAUAAUUCUUGGAUUCUCUGGGGAGUUGUAGUAGUGGAUGGGCUUUCCUUUCAA